AUAUAUUCCCUAGCUGAAAACCCUAAUUUCAACUUCGUUUUGAUUUCGCGCAGCAAAAGAAUCCUCAGAUCAGAUCAUUCUCAAUUCUUCUCUCUGCAAAUAAAAAAUGGCUACUCAGAUGAGCAAGAAGAGAAAGUUUGUAGCUGAUGGCGUGUUCUUUGCGGAGCUGAAUGAGGUGUUGACUCGUGAGCUUGCGGAGGAUGGAUAUUCUGGGGUAGAAGUCAGGGUUACUCCCAUGAGAACUGAGAUUAUCAUCCGUGCUACUCGCACGCAGAAUGUUCUCGGUGAGAAAGGAAGGAGGAUCAGGGAGCUGACCUCUGUGGUACAAAAGAGGUUCAAGUUUCCAGAGAACAGUGUGGAGUUGUACGCUGAGAAGGUCAACAACAGGGGGCUGUGCGCAAUUGCCCAGGCUGAGUCCCUCAGAUACAAGCUCCUUGGUGGCCUUGCUGUCAGGAGAGCAUGCUAUGGUGUUUUGAGAUUCGUUAUGGACAACGGAGCAAAGGGUUGUGAGGUGAUUGUCAGUGGGAAGUUGAGGGCUCAGCGUGCGAAAUCCAUGAAGUUCAAAGAUGGCUACAUGAUUUCUUCUGGUCAACCGGUGAAAGAAUAUAUUGACUAUGCAGUUAGACAUGUUCUCCUUAGACAGGGAGUACUUGGAAUCAAGGUGAAGAUCAUGCUCGACUGGGAUCCCAAAGGAAAGCAAGGUCCGACUACUCCUCUUCCAGAUCUUGUCACAAUUCAUCCUCCAAAGGAAGAAGAGUACAUCAGGCCAGCUGUGCUGUCAACUGAAGUUGAGAUUCAAUCUUAGAUGAUCAUUAUAUUUGAAAUUUAUUCAACAUCGAGUCUAUUCUACUUCCCUUGAAUGCGUGUUUUUGAUCUUUGAUAGAUGAUUACUUGAGAAGACCUGUUUUGACUCGACCAAUUUCAGAUUUAUAUCAGCAAGAUUUUUUUAGCUUUUUGUAGAAUGAUGUUUGCUUCAUUUUUUAAGUAACAUGGAUGGAUUAUGAUUGCCCUUUAUAUACUAAUAGUUGAUCAAUUUUAUUCUA